CCGUCCACGUCCCACUGCAGUUACAGCCACGGUGUUCACGGCUUCUUCCUUCCAGGGACACUAACUCUGCAACAUGAGUCUUCCACGGACUCACUCUGAUACACGAGUCCAUUACUUGCAACCUGCCGUCAGUAUGGUGUGUCCUGAACACCUUGUGGAGGUCACAGUGGUGGUGGUGCAUUAGUCACCCAGCAGUGGUGGUGCAUUAGUCACCCAGCAGUGGUGGUGCAUUAGUCACCCAGCAGUGGUGGUGCAUUAGUCACCCAGCAGUGGUGGUGCAUUAGUCACCCAGCAGUGGUGGUGCAUUAGUCACCCAGCAGUGGUGGUGCAUUAGUCACCCAGCAGUGGUGGUGCAUUAGUCACCCAGCAGUGGUGGUGCAUUAGUCACCCAGCAGUGGUGGUGCAUUAGUCACCCAGCAGUGGUGGUGGUGCAUUAGUCACCCAGCAGUGGUGGUGCAUUAGUCACCCAGCAGUGGUGGUGCAUUAGUCACCCAGCAGUGGUGGUGGUGCAUUAGUCACCCAGCAGUGGUGGUGCAUUAGUCACCCAGCAGUGGUGGUGCAUUAGUCACCCAGCAGUGGUGGUGCAUUAGUCACCCAGCAGUGGUGGUGCAUUAGUCACCCAGCAGUGGUGGUGCAUUAGUCACCCAGCAGUGGUGGUGCAUUAGUCACCCAGCAGUGGUGGUGGUGGUGAUGAUAUAUAUUAAUUAGGCAGUAUAUGUGAUUGUAAUUUUGCUGUGUGCAGCUUCGGAGGAAGUAAUAUAAAGACUGAAGACACUGCCAGGCUGGACAGUACCCUCACUUCACAAGCACCUAGACACUGCCAGGCUGGGCAGUGCCCUCACUUCACAAGCACCUAGACACUGCCAGGCUGAACAGUACCCUCACUUCACAAGCACCUAGACACUGCCAGGCUGGACAGUACCCUCACUUCACAAGCACCUAGACACUGCCAGGCUGGACAGUACCCUCACUUCACAAGCACCUAGACACUGCCAGGCUGGACAGUACCCUCACUUCACAAGCACCUAGACACUGCCAGGCUGGGCAGUGCCCUCACUUCACAAGCACCUAGACACUGCCAGGCUGAACAGUGCCCUCACUUCACAAGCACCUAGACACUGCCAGGCUGGACAGUACCCUCACUUCACAAGCACCUAGACACUGCCAGGCUGAACAGUACCCUCACUUCACAAGCACCUAGACACUGCCAGGCUGGACAGUACCCUCACUUCACAAGCACCUAGACACUGCCAGGCUGGACAGUACCCUCACUUCACAAGCACCUAGACACUGCCAGGCUGGGCAGUACCCUCACUUCACAAGCACCUAGACACUGCCAGGCUGGGCAGUGCCCUCACUUCCCCAGCACCAAGACACUGCCAGGCUGGGCAGUACCCUCACUUUACAAGCACCAAGAAUGUGCGCAAGAUAUUCUGUACUCUGGUUCCGGCGUAAGGUGACCCAUCUGUCUGUGAUUGUUAACGUGGCAUUGUUCCUCUACCUCGUCACCACCUUAACUAGUCACAAAGUGUACAAGUGCCACACACUUGUACCCAAAAUAAAUGUCAGCGAGGAGUCCCCACAGCGGCGUCCCGACACUGCGACUACAUUAACCCUGCAGGAGAAGAUGUACGGGGAUGCCGGGGAGUGCGUGAGUGGAGGGUUGAAGCCAUCCGUGUACCAGAGGGGAGAGUACUGGGUCCUGGAGAACUACAUCCCCGCCCUCCGCACCUUCCCCUGUAACCAGUCCAUCACCUACACUACCCACGCUGACUACACCUUCCUUCACAACCUGGAGCCCCUCACCUCUCGCUGGCAGGGACCCGUGAGUGUGGCGGUGUACGCUCCUGGGCCGGACUUUAACAUCACCAUCAAGACCAUCAUCUACCUCAGAGACUGUGUCUCCCAGAACAUCAAAAAUCAAGUAACCUUUCACAUCAUCUUCAACGACUUACAUACUCCGAUGUUGGGGCCACUGGUGGGGCCGCAGGUGCCGCCGACGGAGGAGCUGCUGGCGAGGGAGAGCGACUGUGAGCAGCAGCAGCUGGCCAACUUGACGUCGAGGGCCUCGUACCGUCACCAGCAGGGCCUCUUGUACCCCAUCAACGUGGCCAGGAACACCGCAAGGCAAGCCGCCCGCACCUACUUUGUCCUCCCUUCAGACAUCGAGCUCUACCCUUCCAUCAACUUCAUCCCUGAGUUCUUCAAGCUGUUGAGUGAGCAAGACGUGACGUCGUACAGCAAGGCUCGCGUGUACAUCCUGCCAAGUUUUGAGAUCAAGUCACAUAUACCACCUCCAGCGACGAGGGCCAGUCUCGCCCAGCUUGUCGCAGCUGGAGCCGCCGCCCCACUCUUUACUACUUCCUGUAGAAGUGUUGUUAAUACCGACUGGUUGCAGGACUGGCUCAGCCACUCUGAGGAGUCAGGACUCUCGGUCUUCCAUGUGGAGCCAAGUGGACCACUCUACUAUAGGUGGGAGCCCGUCUACGUUGGCACCAACGACCUGCCUCUCUACGACGAGCGGCUCUACAGAGAGGGCAAAAGGGAUAAGAUUUCUCAGGACACUGACGCGGGUGUGCGCGCGCAGAUGUACGCUCUCUGCGCCAGGGACUACGACCUCCACAUUCUCAACAACGCCUUCAUGGUGGGCAGCGCCGACAUCCUGAAGACGGAAGUCUUCCGUAGCGACGUCAAGCAGCUCUCCCUCACUGUGGAAGAAGUCAUACCUGAGCUCACCAUACUCUUUGGCCUCAGUCACAAGUGCGCAACUUUAUUGGGGUAGAGAAUGUAUGCGAAAAAUAAAACAUAGAUUAAAAUUAAAUAAUAUACAAGAGUCUGGUAGUUGAAUUUUGUUAUUUCUUUUUUACUUUACUAGGAACAAGUAUGGACCAUUAAAAAUAAAUAUUUUGCAUUUUUUAAUACCACAAGGAAGCCUAUAUUCGCGUCUUAAGCUUUUUAUGAAGAAACUCGGACGAUCUGAAGCCUUUGUUUAUAUUUACUUCAAGCACACAAAAUAUUCUUGUUACAGGCAAGUUGACAACUCUUCCCUUCUUGUAUAUAUUUGUUUGUUAAGGAAACUUAAGGCAAAAUCAGAAUAAAAGAUUUAAGAAACCCAGAAGUAUUAUACUGUACUAACUUAUUUAUAUCAGGAAACCAACAAAAAAAUUAUCAUCUUCGCUGUUAAACUUUUGGCUACGACGUUGUUUACUUCAACAUUAUAUUAAAGUAUAUAUAUAUAUAUAUUAAAGUAUAAAUAUAUUAAAGUAUACAUAUAUUAAGGAAUACAUAUAUUAAAGAAUACAUAUC